AUGAGUGACUCUGAUGAUGACGAUAUCCCCCGGCUGUCUUCCCACACCUUAGCAGCCCUCCAGGAAUUUUAUGCUGAGCAGAAGCAACAAAGUGACGCAGGCAGGGAUGAUAAAUAUAACACUGGAAUAAUAGAAGAGAACUGGCAGCUGAGCCAGUUUUGGUACAGUCAGGAAACCGCUUUGCGACUCGCAAAGGAAGCGAUUGCCGCUGCUGGAGAAGGUGGCAGAAUAGCCUGUGUGAGCGCCCCCAGUGUUUACCAGAAACUGAGAGCCCUACACAGAGAAGACUUUUCUGUAUACAUCUUUGAAUAUGACAAAAGAUUUGCUAUAUACGGAGAGGAGUUUAUCUUCUAUGAUUACAAUAAUCCAUUGGAUUUACCCGAAAAAAUUGCCGCACAUAGUUUUGACAUCGUAAUAGCAGAUCCCCCCUACCUUUCCAAGGAGUGUCUCAGAAAAACAUCAGAAACCAUCAAGUAUCUGACUCAGGGCAAGAUUCUACUGUGCACAGGUGCUGUCAUGGAAGAAGAGGCAGCAAAACUUCUUGGCGUGAAGAUGUGCAAGUUUAUUCCAAAACACACCCGGACCCUGGGAAAUGAGUUUCGCUGUUAUGUGAAUUAUGAUUCUGGGCUAGACCAUGAAAUCUAAAUGCAGAUAGUAAUAUAAUAUGUAAAGGAUCCUGUGUGACAUUUCUCUCAUUAUUUCCUUGGUAGAUUGAAAAGUUACAACCUCCACCCCUCCCCUGCAAAGUGGGGCUCUCCCUGGCCUAAUUUUCAAAAUAAAGAAUAUAACAUCUCAUUAUGACUUCCUGACUGCCAGCAUCUCUAGAACUCGGGAUGCUUUUGCCAACUUGAAUCCAUGGAAUUAUAGUGGGAAGAAAUCUUAGAACCUAUCUAAAAUCUGCUCUCCUGACCUAAGAACAGGUGAAAAACCGAAGUACAAACAGCUUAGUGGCUUGGCCAAGACCUGAAUUAGGACCUAAGCCUCUGCCUCAGGCCAUCUGCCCCCUUAACAGGGGCCCGUUCCGACUCUACCCAGUGGACCGCUGAUUGUUCACGGCAGCUUUCCUGGAGUGUCGUAGGACUUGUGAAGGGGCCUGUCAUCUGCUCCAGCCCCUCAAGGAGACACGACUUGCCUCCGUGAAAGAAGUUGAGAAUCCUUGGAACUGGGAUCUGAAAGCCGCCUCCUCGCCCCGGUUCUUGGAGGGAUGACAGGCACGUAGCCCAGGUGCUCUCUGUGCGCGCACCGCCCCUGCACCCUCGGCUAAAGCCACAGCAAUGCGCCAGGCCCCGGAGAAACUGAAACUGCCAUGUGCAAACCAAACACUAUAGCAGAAAGGACGUGAGAAGCAUGCUAGACUGUUCUAUUUCAAAAAUUAUCCAUCAUUCAUCCACACCACCGCACAUUACUGAUACCUGCAACUUGGAUGGCUUUCAAGGGCCUUGUGCUGAGUGAAAAAAGCCGGUCCGCAAAGCUUACACACUGUGUUUCUAUUGAUGUAACAUUCUUGAAUGGAGAGCAGAUUGGUGGUUGGCAGAGGUUAAGGGGUGGGGGAGCGGGGGGUGGGACAAGCAAAGGGAGAUCUUAGGGGAAGUGGAGCUCUUGUGCAUCUUGAUUGUGCAGUGGUUACACCCAACUCCACGGGGGGCAUUACACAGGACCCGCACACGCUCGCAACACUGGUGAACUCCGGGUGAGGGCUGUGGGUGGUGUGCAGCAUCCAGUUCCUGGGGCUGAUUCUGUGCUUGGUCAAGGUGUUCUCAUUGCGGGCAACUGGGUAAAAGACACACAAGACCUCUCUGUAGUGUUUUUGCAAUUUCCUGUGAAUCUAGAAUCAUUUCAAAAUAAAAACUUAAAAAAAAUGGGAGGUGAAGAAUAACACUUCCCCACCUCAGGUGACUUGCUUUGCUAACAAAACAUGAAAGGAGGGGCGCCUGGGUGGCUCAGUUGAUUAAGCGACUGCCUUCGGCUCAGGUCAUGAUCCUGGAGUCCCAGGAUCGAGUCCCACAUUGGGCUCCCUGCUCAGCGGGGCGUCUGCUUCUCCCUCUGAUCCUCUUCCCCUCUCGUGCUCUCAUUCUCUCUCUCAAAUAAAUAAAUAAAUAAAUAAAUAAAUAAAUAAAUAAAUAAAUAAAUAAAUAAAAUCUUUAAAAAAAAAACAAAGGAAGUGCCAAGUAGAGCUUUAUUUUCUCUCUGACAUGGCUACCGGCAGUUUUCCACACGCAAGCAGGUGCUCGAGCGGAGCGGUGGGCCUGCAGUGGAAUCGGAGGGUGAGCAGGAAAUACACAUCUGCUUUUGAAAAUCAAGAGACUGUGGGAUGGUUACUGCAGCGAAAACCCAGCGUGUCCUGGAGAGCCUGGUGCCCUGACGCCAGCGCUCAGGAAAUGGGGCAUUGGGGGGGGGGGCUUGCUCCUAUUUGUUCGUUCUUAGCCUUCGACGGUCCUACUUUGGGAUAAUUUUUAAUUUACUUUAAAAAUCACUUGGUAUUUUUAUGAGACAUUUAUAUUUUUGUCAGUGUAUCAGCACCUGGCACAUGUGAAGUAUUCAAUAAAUGUUCUUUAAAAAAUA